AUCCUUCUAGGUUUCCCCUUCACUCGGCCGGUGAGUCGAAAAAGUCGAUAUUCGAUGAUGCUUCUUGUGUUGCUUUUUAGAGGUGAGAUAAGCAGGAUUUAGAUUUGCUCUCUUUUCUUUACAUUCUACAAGGGAAGAUUUUAUAUCUUCAUUUCACAUCCUUCUUCAUUCAAAUUCCGUCCUCAUGUCAAGGUUCUUUUAAUACUGUACAUAAUUCAAUUAAUCCGAUAAAUUUAUUGCUUGAUCACUGUCAAGGAAUAUCCAUCUAUUCUUAACGACUGAGCCUUGGUUUCUGGGAGACGCGAUAAGCUGGAAAUUAAUAUUACUUUGUUGUUUAUUUACAAACACUUCUAUAAUGUUCUGAAAUUUCUUUUUUACAAACAUUGAAACUAACUCUGCGGCCGAUCGACUUUUUUGUUGCUUUGUUCCUUUUACGCACGGCAAGAUGGAAUAAAUCAAGGCAGACUACCUCCUCAGAAAUCAAACAUUUCUCUCCACCUUCCAUUUUUGAUCCUCGAGGAAGAAUCAUUCAACCAUAGUCCUCGAGUCAAGAAGAUAUCCCAGGCGAAAAUGCUAUCUUCAUUACUGCGACCAAAGAAAACACGACGACGCGUACAAGAAAUCCAUUCCCCUUUCUCGUCACCGUAUGUUGAUCGAUCUUCGCCAGCUGCAGAGAGAAGAGAACGCUUGCCUCGACAUGCAUCCGCAGAUUUUACGGAAACAGAAAUGGAGGAAGAUACUGAGGAGGAGAUUGUGUUAGAAAACAAUGAUGCAGAUGAGAAUGGAGGAGGUGAUGAGGACGAACUAGAGGAAGAAGAUGGGGAUGAAGAUCAACCUCUCUUGCCUAUCUUCUCUGCAGCACAUCUUGGUAUUUGCAGGUUCUUACCUUCUCUUUGGAUACACUAACUUUUUGAAUAGAUGCACUUCCAGUAUAUAACCUCACUCAUGCCAUUCGACUUAUUAUACUUCCGCGGACAGAAACAACAUUGACCUGGGAUCAAUUACGGUCACCACAAGUUUCCCAGUUUUUAGUGAAGCCUAUGCAACAACAAAUUCGAACAUCCCACUUUUCUCGAGCUACUUUAUAUGCGUUGAUGGCAAAUUGUUUACAAUUUAAAAAGGAAAGUCAAGCAAAUCCGGGUAACGCAGGGAAUAGCUUGACGAGAGCUCUAGUUUGUGAGCUUCUAGCCAUUAAAUUAUUGAAGGAAUACAAUACACGAGAGUUGAUCGACGCCCUCUCUUAUGACUUCUUUCCAUUACAAGGUUUGGCUCAACCAGAUCCGGCCAUAACAAAUUGGAAUCAAAGAAAUCGCAUGAGGCCAGUUGCGGCGAGGAUAUCAACAUUGGAAGUAGCUAUUAGGGCAUCUGCGAAACGAUUAUUGGCACAUCCACUUGUGGUGCAACAACUAGAGGCUAUUUGGGCAGGAACAAUUGUUUUCCACUCGGCAGCGGAUAAUCUUCAUCGUACAUCCACAAGCCGGACAGGGUAUAAGAAACAAAGUCCAAGCAAUGGAAGUGCGGUUCCAUUACUAACCCGUGAGCAACUUCGAUAUGGGGCAACAGCAGGUCCUCUAAAGCCUCCUAAUAAGGAACCAGAGAGUCAGCAAGCCAUCCAGACUUUGACUAGGAGAACCGUCACAUUGUAUGAUCCUAGAGAUGCGUCUUUAUUCAAGCUUUCGAGGUUGAGGGUACCACGCUAUCGGCAAUUCUUCUCUACCUGCUCACUCGCUAUUCUUCUCGUUCUAUUUUUAGCUGUUCUCAGUCAAAGAUCAACCGACAUUACGGGCCUAGAAGUCAUAUUUUGGUUUUGGAGUGCAGGUUUUAUGCUUGAUGAAGUAGUUGGAUUCAAUGAACAAGGAUUCUCGUUAUACAUAAUGAGUUUCUGGAAUGCUUUCGAUUUGGGGAUUCUCGUUUUACUCACCAUUUACUACUGCAUGCGUUUAUAUGGUAUCUUCUUGGUGGACUACGGAAGAGAGGAGUGGAACAGUAUGGCAUAUGAUGUUCUUGCGACGAAUGCAAUUCUACUCUUUCCUCGAUUGUUCAGCGUCCUCGACCACUACAGAUAUUUCUCACAAUUGUUAAUCGCAUUCAGGUUGAUGGCUAUUGAUCUUGUCGCGGUAUUUGUACUAAUCUUGAUAGCUUGUAGUGGAUUUUUCGUUGCAUUUACUCUAUCGUUUGGGAAAAGCGAAUAUGAUGCAGCGGGGGUUGCUUACAAGAUCUUUCAAAUACUGAUGGGAUUUACACCUGCAGCAUGGGAAGCAUGGGAGACUUAUAAUUUCUUAGGGAAAGCAUUACUAGUGCUUUUCUUAUUCAUUUGUCACUUCCUCGUUAUUACGAUUCUCAUAACGGUCUUGACGAAUUCCUUCAUGUCAAUUGUCUCAAACGCUAACGAAGAACAUCAAUUCGUCUUCGCUGUCAACACCAUCUCUAUGGUCAAGAAUGAUGCUCUCUUCUCUUAUGUGGCACCAACAAACAUUCUUGCAUGGGUUCUUACACCAUUCAGGUUUGUUUUUCCCUUUAGGACAUUCAUUAGGAUGAAUCGUACUGUUAUCAAGAUCACGCAUUUCCCGUUGCUAUUCAGUAUCUGCGCCUACGAAAAGAUUUUCUUAGCAAGGUCUGUCUUCGAACCUACAGAUUUAGUUGAGAAAGUUGGACGAAGGACAAAGCGAACAAUGUCAUUUCAAGAUCGUAGACAUGGGCUCUUCAGUCCUAAUCUACAGAGGCAUGAAUCUUCUGUUGCUGGUUUUCAGAAAGACAGAGCUCUUGAUGAAGUAUUCCGACUGACGCCUAGAGAUACUCUUCCCAGAAACCGCCCUAGUUUUGAGCGUCGUCAAACUCAUAAUGUUAUAAAUAACUGGAUGGAGCAUCAAGGGGAGGUCGCUAGUCCACCACAAGAGCAAGAUCGCUCGAUAUUGGAACGAUUGGAGAUGCGAAGACAAUCUAGGAAAGCAACGAUUAUGAGACACCGCGGAAUUAGUCGUGAGCUUUCCGGGAAUAGAUCCGUGGCUAGUGAUCCGGCGGAGUUUAUAUCUACAGGAUUUCAUGAUAUGACUCGAAUUUCCGAUGAUGCGUUACAUCCAAACUCAUUUGGUGGCGGUCAUACUGAUGCGGAUGGAGAUGAUGAAUUAUUGACAAAUGAUGAAGACGAACUCCAUACCGAGGAUAAGCAUACGGCGACAAACUUUAGCCAAAGUGAUGCUGAAUCCGAAGAAGAUUACUUUCAAACCCCAACCGCGACUAGAUUUGUUUCUCCAACUCCAGCAUUCAAUGCACAACAAGAUUACGCUCGCCAAAAUGGAUCACCUCCAAAACAAUCCAAAGCUACCCCAAGGAAAAAGGCCCAUGAUAGGAACUUAUCUACAACGACAAUCCUUUUCAACCCUGUUGCUUAUACUUCUUCUGUUUCAUCUAUUUCACCUCCUCGCUCACGACCACUAACAGCAAAAAUAUAUUCACAAGCCAAUACUGGAACCAACACCCCAGCAGGUCCAUCAGGAUCCCGUACUCCAAAAACUGCUAACUACACAAAUACAACCACUCGACCACGCCCUAUUCUACCCAACCGUGCGAAUUUUCAAUCUAUUCCAAAUAUCAAUAAGCCAGACCCUGCACGCAACCGCCUUAUGCGUCACAAAGAUUCUAGUUUAAACAUUAGUUUGUCAGAGAUGGGCCUUGAACAUGCUCAACUUGGUGCAGUACCUAGUUCAUUUCAAACUCAAAUGGCUAUCGCUACUGAGAUGGCAAUGAAACGUGAUAAAAAAGAAGAAACUGCAGAUGGUAUGAUGGGAAGAUUAAUGUUGGCAAGAAUGAAAACUUUGGAGGAAGGAUUUGCUGAAGUCGUCAAGGAGUUUAGGGGGAUGCGAACAGCUGGAAAUUCCUCGGUUGAGAAUGAACCUUCGAUGGCAAAAUGGAGAGAAGCAAAGGUGGAUAAAAAGAAGAAACGGCCUAGCAGCGCCAAUCUUUCACAAGCGAAAAGUGAAAUAAAUGUGGAGAGUCUAAGGAUGACAAGUUCGAAGGGAAAAGAAAAGGGAUACUUUGAUAAUAAUCAUGGCGGUGGCGAUAUUUCAACUGCUGGGCUUGAGGUUGAAGGAUUUACGAGUCGAGGAACGAGCGAGUAUAAGACUCCAUAUGAAACGCCAGACGCGGGUAUUAUUGCACAGUAUCUGACCAAGGGGAAUUCCUUGUAGUAAUUGCAAAUUAGCGGGAGUUUGGGUGGGCCGGAAAUCUAUGGUGGUGGUCUGUUUCUGCAUUUUUUUAUUCUGUAUUAUUUAAAGUACAUGUAUUGAAUGAUAUGAGUAGAGGUUGAGUUUAUUGUGCAUAAAGGAGGAUAUACCCAAUUGUUUUUAGGUUAAUCGGUCAGUAAUAAUGAUGGGCACAUGGAAUAAUAAUGAGA